UGCAGGCGCGGGGGAUGCAGGCGGCGGCGCCCGGGGGCCCGGCCGCCUCGCGGCCCUUCAAGCUGCGGAAGAGCUUCGCAACUAGGCUAGAAGAAGUAGCUGGGAUCCGGGCGAAGUUCCCAACAAAAAUCCCGGUAAUUGUUGAAAGAUACCAUAGAGAAAAAUACCUUCCUCUCUUGGACAAAACUAAGUUCCUUGUUCCUGAGGAGCUGACCAUGACACAGUUCAUAACCAUCAUUAGAAGCAGAAUGGCUUUAACUGCUACACAAGCCUUCUACCUGCUGGUGAACAACAAAAGCCUGGCCAGCAUGUCUUUGACAAUGGCAGAAGUGUACAGGGACUACAAAGAUGAAGAUGGCUUUGUGUAUAUGACAUAUGCGUCCCAGGAGAUGUUUGGAUGCCUCUUACCCACUGCUCAAGGGAAAAAUAUGGAAUGCUUUCAAAAAACCUAAGGCAGUGAUGUCUACUUGCUAUGACCAAGCAGCUGUGCUAUGAAUCAUGCUGGUGACAUGAAGCUUGGAGAUGCUCCUUCUAAUAUGAGUUCUUGAGCUCUGUACUGGGGAGUAAUGACCCAGAGGUUGGCAGGACCAGCUUGAGGCAGAAAUGGUGGUACACUCUUUUCUAGAAAAUAUUUUGGAUACAUAUUUUAUAUUUAAAGACACUAUGGGUUCCUUGAAACUGCACCUCCACUCUUGUUUGUAAUACCAAUCUUUGUU